AUGAAAUCUAGUUCUCGACAAGUUCGUCACAGGUUGCAUAAGCAUUACAAGAAGUAUGCAACCCUACAAGAGGCUAAGAAUAAUAACCCACCAUUUUGUGCUAGUAAAGAAAAUUGGGACGAACUCUGUGAUUAUUUUGCAUCAGCUAAGUUCAAGCAUCAAAGUUCAAUUAACUCUAUGAAUCGACAAAUGUUAAGGACCCCGCAUAUAUCUGGCAGAACUCCAUUUUCUACACUUCAACAUGAAAUUGCUCAGAAGAAUGCUGCUAAUGGGGAUGCUAAUGGAGAUGCUAAUGGAGAUGCUAAUGGUGAUGCUGGGGACAUAAUUGAGUUCUACAAACUCACACAUUCCAAUGACGAACAUGGUUGGUCAAAUAAUGAGACAAAAUAA